AUGACGCGCCGUAUAGUGCGCACUUUAAUCCAGCUCACCGCGGUGACGCUGGUUACCUUCCUCGUCGUCUUCUUUCUCGACCGUAACUUCCGAGUCCUCCCAAAGUCGAUGCACCACUAUAUGCCUCAGCAUCACCAUGGUCUUAUCGUAACCGACAUCACAAUAACGAAAUGCUCCUCCCUCAACCUAUUCUCUUCCUGCAAGCUUGACACCGAAAAGUGGCACCGGAUCGAGAAGGAUCUGUAUCUCGGCAAAUCAUGGACGACGAGCGCAUACGUCCACAUUGCGCGCAAGAAGGAGGAGGAGCUUCUUCCCGAAGAUAAGGUCGUUAUGGAUGUCUCUGUCGGCAGGCUCGACCCUACAACCACUAAGAAGGGAGAGGAGGAUGAGAGAUGGGAGAAUCGGCCGUACGGCUUGUGGGUAAAACGGUCGUCCAACCAGAAGAAUAGCGAUUCCAAAAAGGCUGUUACGGGCGUGGAUGUCCUUUUUGGUGACGACGCAGUCGAGGCACGCGACGGCUGGGAGAUCACCGGCACACCUCUGCUCCUUCCCUUGAGCGACGAGAUUCCAGUCACUCACCUUACUGUCAGGAGAGGCAGCCAGAAAGAACCGACGAAGCCUCGUCCACGAAUCGCCGACAAUGGCAAGUUCAAGAUUGUCCAGCUUGCCGACCUCCACCUAAGCAAUGGCGUUGGAAAGUGCCGUGAUGCCAUGCCCGAAAACGGCGGUGUCUGCGAAGCAGACCCAAGGACUCUGGACUUUGUACAAAAGAUUCUCAUCGAAGAGAAGCCUCACCUGGUUGUCCUCAGCGGAGACCAAGUGAACGGCGAAACAGCGCCUGAUGCGCAGUCGGCCAUUUUCAAAAUCGCUCAGAUCCUCAUUAAGAUGAAGAUCCCCUACGUCUCCAUCUUUGGCAAUCAUGACGACCAGGGAUCGCUCGGACGUGCUGCUCAAAUGUCUAUUCUCGAAUCUUUGCCAUACUCGCUAGCACGCGCAGGCCCUGAAGAAAUUGAGGGCGUCGGUAACUAUUAUGUAGAAAUCCUUGCUAGGGGCAAGUCGGAUCACUCGGCACUUACGCUGUACAUGCUUGACUCUCAUGCUUACUCACCUGACGAGCGCAAAUAUCACGGAUAUGACUGGAUCAAGCAAAACCAGAUCGACUGGUUCAAGAAAACGGCAUCCGGUCUCAAGCAAGCACACAAGCAGUACACCCAUCUACACAUGGACCUGGCGUUUAUCCACAUUCCCCUGCCAGAGUAUAGAGAUUCGGAACUCGCGAUCAAGGGCGAAUGGAAAGAGGGUGUGACAGCACCCAACUUCAACUCCCACUUCCGCGAUGCUUUGGUCGAGCAAGGCGUCGUCAUGGUCAGCUGUGGACAUGACCACGCAAAUGACUACUGCUCCCUUUCACUAGACGCGAAUUCUAACCCCGCGCUCUGGAUGUGCUACGCUGGAGGAGUGGGCUUUGGUGGAUACGGGGGUUAUGGUGGCUACCAUCGCCGUGUCCGUGUAUUUGAAGUCGACACUAACCAAGCCCGCAUUACCACAUGGAAGCGCCUUGAAUGGGGUGAUACUGAAAAGAGAGUUGACGAGCAGAUGAUUGUCGAUGAGGGUAGGGCAGUGAGCCUCAGGCCAUGA